AUGGCUCCCAGAAGACCAUACGUCUCCUUGUUCCCCAACAGCAUUCUCGACGUCGACUUGUGGAUGCGCUUCAUGGAAGAUGAGGAAAUCACAGCUGACUGUCCGCCACCAGUCAAGGACGUUCUUGACAUGGCUUCCACGAAACUAUCCAGUUCCAAGACUUCCAAUGUCAGCUUGACUGUGUCUGAUCAAGAACAAGCGAUCACGUAUCUCUUGGAACAUUCAAUCGAAAGCAUCCUUCACGAUCUUCUUCUCGACAUUCACCAAGAUGAAAAGAUCGCUCGGAUGCAGACUGCCGUCCUUGAAGUCGAACAGAGAGCUGAGAAACUGAAAUCCAAGGCCUCCCAAGAUGCAGAAACCACCGACAAUACUGAACAUGAAGCUGUCGAGACUGACGCUGCUGUGCUCAAGUCCGGCCAGGUUCAGCUCAAAGGAAAUCCGAUGAAGACAGUCAAACACAUCAGAUGCCCGAACUGUCGUCUCCGCCGCUUGCUGUACCCUCGCGUUGGUUAUAAUGCUCGUCCUGUCCCAGAUGCCAAUGAACAGUACUGCAAAACUGAACCGAUGAUUGUUCUUGACAAACAUGAUGUCCAUGGCCAACGCAAGAAAGGUGUCAAAGUUAAAGGUGCGGCCAAAGGCAAGAACAAGAAGAAGAAGGAUGACCCAAGCUCACCGGCUGCAUCUGAGAACUCCGAUCCACUGACUCCAUCUUCGUCCAUGCCCACCGAAUCAUUUGAAUUCAAAGAGAUCGACUAUCCAGCUGCCAAAUGCCCGAACCGCGAAUCUCACCUUGGUGACCACUGGAAAUCUGUCAAUGUCUUCGCCACACAUCUCAACGGAAGCUGCUACCUCAAGAAAGAUCGUGCGGCCGGCCGCGAAGCCAAUGCAAAGAUUGGUGGCACUCCGCGUGACAGCAGGGCCAAUUCACCCAAACCAACCGCCAACGGCGGGGUCAAGAGAAAGGCGGAGGACGACGACAAGGAGAAGGGCCUCGGCCCAAAGAACAAGAAGCAGAGGACAGGUGGAGACGGGAAGAGGGGGGACAAGAAGGCUCCUCCGAGCAAGUUGAAGGAAGUCAACAAUGUUGACGAUGGCAAGCCGGGCGAGAGCCCAUUGAAAGAGGCCAACGGCGACGCGCCUCAAGCGACGCCAACCAAGGCGGCAAGAGACGCGAGCUCUGAGCCGCAAAUCAAGCUCAAGCUCAAGGCGGGCGUGGGCGCUGGUGCUGGUGGAGAGGGGGCCGCUCGCAAGAAGCCGGGCAAGGCCAGCAAGAAGGAGAGAUGA